AUGGAAUCUCACAACACCUUGAACCUAGACAUGGAGAAAGAUCAAGAAAAGGCUUUUGACUACUCCAAACGAGCUCAAUGGCUAAGAGCCGCUGUGCUUGGUGCCAACGACGGUCUUGUCUCGACGGCUUCACUUAUGAUGGGUGUUGGUGCGGUCAAGCAAAACGUCAAGAUCAUGAUCUUAACUGGUUUUGCCGGUUUAGUGGCCGGAGCUUGUAGCAUGGCGAUUGGAGAGUUUGUCUCUGUUUACUCUCAAUAUGACAUAGAGGUAGCUCAGAUGAAGAGAGAGACCGGAGGAGAGAUUGAGAAAGAGAAGCUUCCAAGUCCAACACAAGCGGCUGCAGCAUCUGCGUUAGCGUUUUCUCUUGGGGCGAUGGUGCCGUUAUUGGCGGCAGCGUUUGUGAAAGAGUAUAAAGUGAGGAUUGGUGCAAUAGUGGCAGCGGUUACGUUGGCGUUGGUGAUGUUUGGAUGGUUAGGGGCGGUUUUGGGGAAAGCACCAGUGGUUAAGUCGUCGCUUAGGGUUUUGGUUGGAGGAUGGUUAGCUAUGGCCAUUACGUAUGGUUUUACAAAACUCAUUGGGUCACAUAGUCAUAUGUAUGUGUGA